CGGCGCUGGCGGAAGAUGGCGGCAGCGGGUGGGGGCGGCGCCGCGGUGUCGGUGCUGGCGCCCAGCGGGCGGCGGGUCACGGUGCGGGUGGGGCCCGGCACGGUCCUGCUCCAGGUCCUCGAGGAGGUCUGCAGGAAACAGGGCGGCAGUCCCGGCGAGUACGGCCUGAAGUUUCAGAGGAGCGUUUUGGACCUGUCACUGCAGUGGAGAUUCGCCAGGCUGCCCAACAAUGCCAAGCUGGAGAUGGUGCCAGUCACUAACAGAGCAGAAGCUGGAACCAUGGUUCGGAUAGCAUUACAGCUAGAUGAUGGCUCCCGUUUGCAAGACACCUUCCUCUGCCAACAGACUCUGUGGGAACUUCUCAAUCAUUUUGCAAAAAUCAGGGAGCUGAUGGAACAGCAUGGUGAAUUCUCUCCAGUCUGUAUUUACAUGCGAGAUGAGAUAUCAGGAAAAGAUGCCCUGGAGAAGACAACACUGAAAUCACUUGGCCUGACUGGAGGCAGUGCUGUUGUCAGAGUUGUCAUGAAGAAACGCAGUUCAUCUGGUCAGGAGGAAGCUGUGGGCGCCAUGGUGCCUUGUAAUGAGCCAACAGCGAGGCCACACUCUAUGGAGGGAGCAGAGGAUGUGCUCCUACCUCAAGCAACCACAUUCCCAAAGGACUUGGACCACAGGGAUGUGGCCAUGUCUUUAAACAGCAGCACACACAAGCAAGACUCGACUAAAGAAACUCAUGCUAGCUUGGAGGAGCUGUGGCCUUCCUCAGAGCCCGAACAUACCCCAUUUGUUCCUUUUUUUGGAGAUGGAGAGCAUCUGGGGGAUUCUUCUGUAGCUACACCAUCCUUUGGGUUAGAUAUGCCAUCUUCAAAGAUGCCAACAACUUUUUCCAGCCCUGGAGGCCCUUCUAAGCCAAAGAAGUCUAAGAACAGCCAAGAAUUUCAAAAGGAGCGAGAACAGCUUGUAGAACGAGAGCCCCUUGUGUGUCACUUAGACCUACUGGAACAACUUCCUGAUGGCCCAGAAGAGCUUCCUGAUGAAUUCUUUGAAGUCACAGUGGAUGAUGUACGGAAGCGUUUGGCACAGCUGCAGAGUGAGAGGAAACGCCUGGAAGAGGCUCCACUAAUGACAAAGUCUUUGAGGGAAUCUCAGCUGAAGGAGAAGUUGGAGCGUUACCCAAAGGUGGUGCUGAGAGUUCAUUUUCCAGACCGCCACGUCCUGCAGGGCUUCUUCCAUCCCAGUGAAACCGUUGGCAUUUUGAGAGACUUUGUAAGAAGCCACCUUGCCGAUGCAGAGUUGCCAUUUUACUUGUUUGUUGCACCUCCCAGAAUCAUCUUGAACGAUGAAAGUCUGACACUGUUUGAGGCUAAACUCUUUCCAACUGCUGUAAUUCAUUUUGGAUCUGAGGAGUGCAGGGCUUGUUACCUGAAAUCGGACCUGCUGAGCUCUGCAGUUUCCCCUUCUGCAGCUGAUUUAUUAGUAGCCAGGUGUUUUUCCAGAUCACUAGUUCCUUCUGCUUCAUCGUCUGUAGCAUCGAGAGCUCCGUCCCUGCCUGAGCCAGAAGCAGGAAGCGACAAAAAGAGCAGCGAGUGUCCGGAAGCAGCCAGCACACAGGGAGCUCUGCAGGGCUCGAGAAGGACCCCUGGGAAAAUCCCCAAAUGGCUGAAGCUGCCAGGUGGAAAGAGAUGAAGCAUCCUGGGCUGCUGGAUCAGUGAGCAAUCAGCUAUCCCCCUGUCUUGAUGAACUUACUCAGAAUGCGUAAGAAAUUGUUAGUGGCCCUGGAGAGCUAAUCUGUAUGAACAUUAGUUAUAAAAAGAGAAUUGCUAUUUCAGAUGCCACUUGCACCUGGUGGAGGAGUGGAAGGCCUGUUUAUGGUCUUUGUGACUACAGAAGCAAGGUUAGAAGUGAAAUUUAAGGUUUAUUGCAUGCAAAUAAUAAGCAUAAAGAAAUAAGUGGGAUAUAAUUUCUAUAUACUUUCUGUGAAGGACUUUGUUUCUGUCCAUAUUUUUAAAUUCAAUCUUCCCAGUUCUACCUUCAGAGAUCACUUGAGUCUAUCUGCCUGGAUUCUAGCAUCAAGAUACAAUCUGGUUUAGCUUUAACUAUAGUUGUUAAGUGAUGCCUAAAACAAGACUUCUCUCUGCUUCUUGCUGGGUGGAGUUAGUGCUGCUGAUACUUUUGGAUAUAGAUGCCUGGAAAGUGAAUGAAGAGGAAGCACUUAGGUCACUUAAACCAGUUCAGUUGGCCUUUCCUGUGAACCUCUUGGGCUGCUGCCCUUGUAUUGUGUUCAGUUGCCAGAAUCUUACUAACAAAGAACACAUCUGUUCAUGGAAUGCCUCUUGAGAUUAUUUCUGCCCUAAGCUCUAGUUCUAUUUUCACUGUGUAUAAUUAACACCAGUAAUUAGAGCAAGGAAAAAGCCAUCCAGUUAAAGGGUCUGUUUGGUUGGUGGUUGGAGUGUUCCUGGAGCAGGGUGGCCAUGCCCUGCACCACCACUCGUGUUGGGGGAAAGCCCCAGUCCGGGUCAUUGCCUUCUGCAGACGUCCUGUGGGGAUGAAUGUUGGUGGUUAGAAUUGCCAUUACACUGGAGAUGAACUCUGUAGUGCCACGGCAGCCAUGGUGCUGGAUUCUAUUUGAAGUCUUCUCUGUGGGUCAAUGAUCCAUGGAGAGCUGGGGUUCCAUGGUAUAGUAAUACCAUAUUUUCCACUUUCCUUGUUUCCUCUCUGCACUACAUGCACAUCUGCACAAUUUGUAUAUGUAAUAAAGCAGAGUGGCCGUGGGAGCCCUUUUGGUCGGUCCCUUUGAUAAUGUUUCUUGCCCCAGCACUUGGUCUCUCUGUCAGUUCACAGGAACCUGCUCCCUUUUCAAUGGGCCUGUCAUGCCUCAUUCUCUUCCUCCCAUUUUUUUUUAACAAAGCAAAACAGAGCUUUGUACCAUCUGAAUGAACUUCAAAGUGGCUAGAAAGGGCACCCAGGGUUCCUGGCACUUGUUAUUGUCUCCCAGCCUGGCCAACAUUUCCCUUCAGGUCUAAUUAUUUCCAAAUGGUCCUAGAUGCUUUGAAGAAACUUGGAGGGAGGGGGAGGCAUGAAAGAAAGGUGUAAGAGGAAAAAGAAGACUCAAAGCAGAGGGAGCAGAAUGCUUUACCAAAAAAAUGGAUUGAUUUCUUAUAUGACACCCAAACAUAAACAGGGAAUGUGUGCGGCCACUGGCAGUGGGGAAUGUGAGAGCACUAUGUACAGCUGCCGCUCUAAAUCCUCCCUGUGGAAAGCAAGCUCUUCUAGUGCUUGACAGGCUAUAAAAGGCAUACCACAGCAAACCAAAAACCCAUUAAAAUAAUGUUUAAAGUUUAUUGCUUUA